AUGGAUAGCGAGCAUGCCACUCGGCGGUGUCUCUCCGAGUGUCUAGGGACCAGUAUCCACAUGAGUCCUAUCGCCACUUUGCUCUUCAGUAGCUCGUCAUUGGUCAAUUCUUUGAUCGCAGGACUAUUCACAGAGUGGGAUGGAAAGGAUCCUAUGAUGUUGAAUGAGGCUACCAUGAAGCUUCUGGGCACGUUGACCACUAAUCGUGAGCCGCUUUUCAGCUCAACGCCCAAGGGUGAGCUAGGUCUUCUUCUCUGUAAGGCGGCGCUCUUGAUGGUGAAAGAAAGGGACUUCUAUGUUGCCUAUGCGCUCGUAUCGGCUAUUUGGCGAUCGCUUCAAUGCACACACGAGCAAGAGACUUCUGGCGUAUCUGUUUGUAAAGGAAGACUUGCAUACUAUAGAACCCUGGAGGCAUUUCUGAGCGCAUUCUGUUAUCUAGAACUAGACGAAUAUACUAUUGUUCCUUACUCGCUUGGUCAAUUAGCUCAAAGGCAGUGCCUACUGACGUUCACCCACUUCUUAGAGUACCUCACAGAUGGACCAAUUCAGCUCAACGAACUUAUUCAGCUGCUCCAUGUGCAGCUAUACUCAGCAGUUAUGUUCGGUCAUCUGGAUAUGUUACAUGAGUGCUAUAUCGUCACAUUGUGUUUGUACUGUUUAGUGCUGGAUCUGUUAUUGCAAUUAAAUCUAUUGUCCAUUUCAGACACGAGCCAAUCUGACAGAAGUUGCAACAAUUAUACAAGUGCAAAACUUAAGCAUCUGUAUUUACAGACAAACAAAGAUAGAAGAGUGUUUGAUGAAGAAACUGCUACAACAAUAACAGCCUUGUUAAGCGACAUUGAUGAGACGUUACGAGGACAGUCGAAGGAUAAAAGUGAGUGCUCCCAGGGGGAGACCCUUUUAAACCAAACUAGAGGGGACUGUGCAGUGAAAACCCGUGAGCUACUUGCUAACUAUAAGUCAAGUCAUGUAGCAGAAGCCAUAUAUACGUUAGAUCAAUCGCUUGAGAAUAGGCGCCCAUAUAACAUAUUUGGAACAUCCGGAAUUACUAUAGCCCAAUUAUAUAUCGGAGUCGCACUUCUGCGAAGCCUUAUUGAAAGUAGCUUCGGAAUAAGCACUCAUUUGGCAAACGCCACGUUGCGUGACAAACCUUGUAACAAGAUGUGUGAGCAAAUCUCUGAUCUCGCAUCAUUCUUUCUGCAGGUAUCUGAAGAAAUUCCUCUACACAUUGGAACCGUCUGCUCCCUCAGGCCAUGCCAAUCCCUCGAUCAACGGAUUGACAGGCCAAAGCCUGAGAGCAUACGGCCUUAUCUUGCCAUGCUCAAUCGAUGUAGCAAAGGGCUCGGCAAGGAACUACAAGUUCCUCCUCUGUUGAAUGCCUCCAUGAUCAAGUCUCUUUGUGCAGUCAUGUGCUCCUGUCUGAUGCUGCUCUUGGUUCCUGCCAAUGCGGAGUCGACAAGUAUCCAGUUGGAAAGCGUUAUAGACUCACUUAGUAUGCUCAGCACUCACUGUACGAAUGAGCUCCUGGUAAUCUACACGUCUUUGGAGAUCUUAAACGCGUUUAUCGUGUCCAAUUGCUCAACACUCCUACUGCAUGACAUUUCGGAGAGUGUAGGGGCACCAGACGAUUUCCAGCUGUCUACUUUUAAAGACACAGCCAAGCUAUCGAUAAAACGAAUAUCAUCGAGCCCAAACAGUCAGUACGAUUCUCAUCUGAAUAAGAUCUGCGACCAGGUGCCAAAGAAGAGCUUCUGUGACGACAUUGACGGGUGGGUAGAAGCCAUCGUGGACAUCAUGUAUACUAUCUCCAGGCAAUCUAUAUCGCUGACCGCGGAGCUUGUCUCUCUGCUACAACGACUCUGCAGGCGUGAAAGCCUCACGAUCUUGCGUCUUCUAUGCUCCAACGACGACAGGAGGCUCCAGAUAAUCAAAUACUUGCGGUACUUAUGGUUCUUAGCUCAGAGUUAUCGAGAUAAAGUCCUGUGCAUGCAUCAGCGUCUUCAGGGCUACAGCUACGCUGCGCACACGCUGCCACUCAUAAGCAACUCCCUUCUGCAGCGCACAAGGAGCUUUUUUCCUCUUCAGAGUGUGCUCCUCGAUCUGUAUGUGAUAAGCCUAGAAUGGUAG